CUGCAAUAUAAAUUUGGCAUGACUCUAUUCCAAACCUUUUCUCCAACUUCGCUCGGCACCAUUCUUCAUUACCACCAAUUCAACAAAGGAGCAGAAGAGAUAGAGAAGCUUUCAUCAACUUCUGGUCUGGCUUGUGUGCCCGAAAUCAUUCGAAGCAAACUUGUUUAGUCUGCUGCCGUUCUACACCAAACCUUCCUAGCAUCAUUCUUCAGUAUCACCACAAAAGGAGUCGAGAGGGAGAGAAGCUUCAUCGAGUGCUGGACUGACUCUAAGUACCAAGCCCGAUACCGUUUGACCGUCUCUCUCUCUCGUUGGUUUCCUUGUGCAAGUCGCUUUCACUUUUACCUCUGCCUGGAUAUAUGGCUGCUGCCUUAGUGGGAGGCUCAUUCCUCUCCGCUUUCCUUCAAGUGCUAUUUGAUAGGAUGGCUACGCCGGAAUUCGUGAAUUUGUUUCGUAAUCAGAAGGCGAAUGAUGAUCUCCUCAAGAAGCUCAAGAGUGAGUUACGCACUGUUGGAGCCGUGCUCGAUGAUGCAGAGAACAAGGAAAUACGGAACCAAUAUGUCAAGGAAUGGCUUGAAGAGCUUCAUGAUACAUUUUAUCAGGCAGAGGAUUUAGUGGACAGAAUCAGCACUGAAGCUCUGCGAAUUAAGGUAGAAACUGAGUACCAAAGCUCAACCAGCACUUGUACAUAUUCGGGUGAUGAGUUUCUUAGUAGGAUCAAGCCCGAGAUAGAAACAAUAGUGGCGAGGCUGGAGGGAUAUAACAAACAAAUUAUUCCCUUGGGUUUGCAAGUUCUUCAUUCCAGAAUAAAGUCACAUCACAAAUUUGAAACAUCUUUGGUUGAUGAGACUACCUUUAUUGGGAGAGAUGCUGAUAAAGAGAAGAUAAUUCAAAUGUUGCGCUUCGAGGAUGCAGACAGAGACAAUAUCACUGUGAUUCCAAUAGUUGGACUGGCUGGGCUCGGUAAGACCACCCUGGCUCGAAUGGUUUACGAAGAUUCGAAGGUGGAACUGAGUUUUCCUACCAGGGCAUGGGUAUGCGUAUCAGAAGAAUAUGAUGCUACCAGGAUAACAAAAGAAAUCCUAAGGGAAUUCCGCAUUUCUUUUGGUGAGAGUGAUAACUUGCUCUCCCUUCAAGUGAAGCUACGAGGUGGCCUAACUGAGAAAAAGUUUCUUCUUGUUCUGGAUGAUGUUUGGAAUAGUAGCUACAAUCAGUGGGAUAAUUUAAGGAGCCCAUUCAAUGGUGGAUCACGUGAAAGUAAGAUCAUUGUUACAACACGGAAUCAGCAAAUUGCAAGGAUGAUGGCCAAAGAAAGGUCAAUUCAUCAUUUGAAUUCCAUGCUAGAGGAAGAUUGCCGGUCUUUAUUUAAGAAGCAUGCGUUUGAAAAUAGAGAUGGCAAUGAAAAUGCAGAACUUGAAGAAAUAGGAAACAAAAUUGUGACGAAAUGUGGAGGGUUGCCUUUGGCUGUGAAAACAGUUGCAGGAAUUUUGCGUUCCAAAACUACCCCCGAAGAAUGGAAAGAGAUUUUAGUAAGUGAAGAGUGGACUCAAAUGGAUAUUCCAGAUGGCCCCCUGCCAGCAUUGAGAUUAAGUUACAUUCAUCUUCCUUCCCAUCUUAAAAGGUGCUUUGCUUAUUGUGCUGUGUUCCCCAAAGAUUACCAGAUUAGAAAAGAGGAAAUUAUUCAGUUAUGGCAAGCUAAUGAUCUUUUAGGGUAUCCUGGAGAAAAUAAAAGAAUUAAGAAUGAGGGUGAAAAGUGCUUUCAUGAACUGAGAAUGAGGUCAUUAUUUCAUCAGUCAACUGACCAUACUUUCUCCAUGCAUGACCUUGUGAACGAUUUGGCUUGGUUUGUUUUUGGGAAAUACUGCCUCAGGUUGGAAGAUCAUCAGGAAGGCAAUGCUACAAUAUCUGGUGCAAGACAUUUUUCAUACCAUUCUAGUUACUAUGACACAUUUCGCAAAUUUAAUCUCUUGAGUCGGACUAAGAAUAUAAGAACAUUCUUGCCAUUGAGAACGGAUCGAAAUUGGAGUCAUCUAAGCAACAAAUUCUUAGAGGAUACCUUGCCCCAAUUCAUGUCUUUAAGGUUUCUAUCUUUGUCUUGUUAUGAGAAUAUUGUGAAGUUACCAAGCUCAUGUAGUGGUUUGAAACAACUUCGAUUUCUGAAUCUCUCUUCAACAGGAAUAAAGGAGCUACCAGAGUGGAUAUGUAGUUUCUAUAAUCUACAAACUUUGUUGUUGUCAUAUUGCAUACAACUUGAACAGUUGCCGGAAAAUUUGGGAAAGUUAAUUAACUUGUGUUGCCUGGAUAUUAGUGGAACUCCAUUGAAGAAAAUGCCACCACAAAUGGGUAGACUGAUAAACCUUCAAGUCUUGACUGCUUUUGUCAUAGGCAAGGACAGUGGUUCGACGAUUAAGGAGUUGGGCAAGCUUCCUAUGCUACGUGGUAAGCUAAUCCUUUCGGGGCUGGAAAAUGUUUCCAGUGCCAGGGAUGCAUCAAUGGCGAACAUGGAAGGCAAGGAACACCUUGACGUGUUAACUUUGGAGUGGAACGGUGCUAUCAAUGAUUCACAAGCUGUGAGAGAUGUGCUUGAUAAUUUACAACCUCAUUCAAGCAUAAAGCAUCUCAACAUCAUAGGGUAUGGUGGAACAACAUUUCCAGAUUGGCUAUGCAACCCUUCACUAAGCCGUUUGGAAUCGUUGAGUCUAUCUAAUUGUGAAAAUUGUUUCUCCUUGCCUGCACUUGGGCAGCUACAGUCCUUGCAAUCACUUGAAAUUGUUGGAAUGAGUUGUAUAUCACUCUUGAGACAAGAUUUUUAUGGAGAUGUCAGUGCAACCAAACCAUUCCCAUCUCUGAAAAAGUUGAGAAUCGAGAAGCUGCCUCAGUGGGAGAGAUGGCAUGUGCCAGAAGGUGAAGUCUUCAAUGGACUUGAACGACUCCGUAUAAUUGGUUGUCCCAAACUGAUUGGAGAACUUCCCCGACAACUUGCAUCGCUGCAAAGCCUUGACAUAUCUGGCUGCGGCAAUCUUGUGCGUCCCAAUGGUCAAUUGAGCAUCCUGAAUGGAGAGAAUCAACAAAAUUUUUCAUCUUUUCGUCAAUUGAAGAUUUCAGAGCUAGAAAAUUUGAAAGAGUUGCCCCUACAGCUCAACCAAUUAUCCAGGCUUGAGGAAUUGAAUAUUUCAGCGCUAAAAAAUUUGGAAGAGUUGCCCCUACAGUCCAACCAAUUAUCCCGACUUGAGAAAUUGACGGUUGAUGAUUGUGGGUCUCUCUCACCCUCGCACGUGAGUAGACCGCCUUCCUCACUUAAAUCACUUUGGUACCACGGACGCUGCAAUUUGGAAUUGGAGAGUUCAAGCGGGGAGGGUGGUGGGGCCUUGGAGCACUUGACAUUACUAAAUUGUGACUCUGUCAAAGUCAAAGUCGAGUGGCUUGCCUCGUUUCCCAUGCUGAAAUCUGUUGCAAUUUAUAAAUGCAAGAGUGUUGAGAUGCUCUCAGUUCCUGCUGCACCUGCACUUGGGAUUGGGAAACAGAGUGGCAUGACAACUACUACUACUACUACUACUAGUACUAGCAGUGUGAUGACGUCACUUCAACGCUUAAGCAUCUCGGGCUGCGAUGCUCUAAUAUUGUCUUUUCCAGCCCCCAGUCUAACGGAGCUUGAUAUCCAGGAUUGCGAGAAGUUCACAAAGCUACCGCAACGGAUGGAAUCCCUCCUUCCAUCUCUUCGAUAUCUAUGUCUAAGAAAUUGUCCAGAAAUUGAGUGCUUCCCGGAAGGGGGUUUGCCCUCCACCCUACAAUUGCUUAAUAUCGAAAAUUGCAAGAAGCUCAUGAGUCGCAUGACAGAGUGGGGUUUGGAGAAACUUCCCUUUCUCACGCAUUUGCGCAUUAAGAGUCCCUGGGAUGAAGUAGAGUCGUUUCUAGAGGAGGACUGGCGGUUGCCUUGCACGCUUCAAUAUCUUUACUUGGACUCCUUUCAGAAUCUGAAAGUGCUAAACUAUUCGGCUCUUCGACACCUCACCUCUCUUCAAGGCCUGUACAUCAAUACUUGCCCUCGACUCCAGUCCCUACCGGAAGAGGGACUGCCCGCCUCCCUCACCGAACUAGAAAUCCUGCGCUGCCCACUGCUGAAGCCAAGGUUAGAAUGGGAGAAAGGACAAGACUGGCCCAAGGUUGCCCACAUCCCCUGCCUGCUAGUCGAUGGUGACCUAGUUCCUUGAUGAUGACGCCGGUUACUCCUGAGGGCUCCCAGAGUUACAAGAUCCUCAUCAUCAUCUAUUCAUAUAAUUAAAGUGCGAAUUGCCUGUUGUGAAUAACUAGGAUGUGCUGAAAGGACAGUUGAGAUUCCAAUCAAGUAAGGCCGCCAACUCAAGCAGACAAAUGCUUUCCUCGUUAAAGAAAACCUUCAAUGUUCUAUAAGUCCAGGUGAUACACCUUUCUUAGUAUUCUAAGGACCAUCAUUGCUCUCAUCUUCAGCCAUUGAAGAAUUGGGGCUGGUGACCUCCCUUUUUAUGCUAGAAAUCAAGAACUACUAAUUCCUGACAAUACGUUUGGAGUAGAGAAAAGAAGAAGAUUGGCACAAGGUUGUCUUAUUACUGGAUGAAAAGUGAUGCUUCAAUAUCUUGACUCUUGGAGAACUUGGUUAGUUGAUCUUGGGUCCUAUAGAUGUCAACAGUUGUUUCAUAUCCAGAGUUGGCUGGCUUCUUUUGAGCUUAAGCUGAGAGAAUACCUGAAGUACGUAUUGCAAGGAGUUCAAUUUGCUGCUUGCAAAGAUGCAAUCCUUCCUCGCGCAUUAAUGUUCAAAAAUGUGGGAGCAUCCUGUGGCUGAGAGCAUUUUAGCUCGAUGUUGCCUCUAGACUGCAACCAUACCCUUUUGAUGGUGGAUAUCCAGAGUUUCCCCUCUCGCUGAGAAUCCAAGAUUAGUGGCACCGAUGAAGAAGAGUCGCUUCCAUGAUACUGGCUGCUGUCUUGCACGUUGCACCCUUACAAUCUCUCACUUGGAGCAGCAUAAGAGCUGAAGAACAAUGACCUACAAGCGUCUUCAACACUUAACCAUUUUGAAGAUAUGGAAAUAGCUGUUCCAUUUUGAAGAUAUGGAAAUAGCUGACUGCUUUCAGCUCUAGUCGCUGCAAAAAGAGUGGUUGGCAACUUCCCGGCUUCCCUUAUGCAUGAAAAAUGUGGUAUUCAUUGCUCAAAUUACUAUACAAGGGCAGAAUGGGAGGGGAAAGAUUGGCCUCAGGGUUUCUGAUGUAAACUGCAUAGCUUUCAAUAGUGAACUAAAUAGAAUAUUGCUUAGAACUUGAUUGAGCUUGACCUCAGGGGCCUCUAUCAGAUUCAUUUUC